GGUAUCGGGAAGAAUGUCAUCUGUGACCGGACAGCUACACCCCUGGAUGCCUUCCGGAUGAUGUCAGCUGCUCACUACUACCCCAAACUCAUGAGCAUCAUGGGCAACGUCCUGCGCUUCCUGCCUGCUUUUGUGCGCAUGAAGCAGCUCAUUCAGGAAGGUUAUGUAGGGGACCUGCUGGUGUGUGAGGUGCAGGUGCACAGUGGGAGCCUCCUGGGCAAGAAGUACAACUGGAGUUGUGAUGACCUGAUGGGAGGUGGGGGCCUGCACUCUGUGGGCACCUAUAUUAUUGACCUACUGACCUUCCUCACCAGCCAGAAGGCAGUGAAAGUCCACGGGCUGCUCAAGACUUUUGUGAAGCAGACAGACCACAUCAAGGGCAUCCGCCAGAUCACCAGCGACGACUUCUGUACCUUCCAGAUGGUGUUGGAGGGUGGCGUGUGCUGCACUGUGACCCUCAAUUUUAAUGUGCCAGGGGAAUUCAAGCAGGACAUAAUUGUGGUGGGUUCUGCUGGGCGGCUGAUGGCAGCUGGCACAGAUCUCUAUGGCCAGAGGAACAGUGCCCCACAGCAGGAACUCCUGCUCCAGGAUGCCACUCCCGUCAGCAACUCCCUGCUGCCAGAGAAAGCCUUUAGUGACAUCCCCUCACCGUACCUGCGGGGUACCAUCAAAAUGAUGCAGGCAGUGCGGCAGGCUUUCCAGGACCAGGAAGACCGACGGACCUGGGAUGGGCGGCCCCUCACCAUGGCCGCCACCUUUGACGACUGCCUCUAUGCCCUAUGUGUGGUAGACACCAUCAAAAGGUCUAGCCAAACAGGGGAGUGGCAGAACAUUACCAUCAUGACUGAGGAGCCAGAACUGAGCCCUGCCUACCUGAUUAGCGAGGCCAUGCGCAGGAGCAGGAUGUCUCUAUAUUGCUAGCAUGGGUUAGGGACAGGGGUGAUAUAGGAAAUUUGGGGAUGACUGUGGGACAGUGACUUUGGGGAGGUGGGGAAAGAAUGUAGCUGAAUGCUUUGGGGAUGGGUGGAGGAAAUGAAACUCCUUUGCUGUAAAAAAGAAAACUUAAGAAUUUGUGAGGAGUGGACCCCAAAAAGGAUUCUUUGUGGGCAUGAACUAACCACAUGAGGAUUCAGAGUCCUCUGAGCUGCACACGUCUGGUCAGCAGCCAGUAGUAUUAGCUGGCUGAGUUCUCAGUGGAAAUUCCUAUGUGGUUUUGCUGCCUCUUUUGCAUUUACUGUGAAAGAGAGAGGGCUUUCCCCCCCACUUUUUUUAAAUCCUUCUCUGCCCUCUCUCUAUAUCACUUUUCUCUACAUGUGGCUCUACAUCCCACAUAUACAUCCCUCCCAGUUUUCCUCCCCAGCCACAUGGUGCUCUUAGAUCAGGCUGCAUUCAAUGGUUAGCUCUGUUUGCUGCUGGCAUGAAUGAACUUCCUUCCCCAUGCUCAAUCCUGGCACCAUGUGGUCCUGCAAUCUCCCACCUUUAUCUACAUCCAUUUUCUCUAGAGUAAAAGGAUAAGCAGAAUGAGUGUGAGUUCAUGGGGUGUGUGUGUGUGUGUGUG